CGGGGGGAGCGGGGCGUCUCGGUCAGUGUCCGUGUCCCGGGUCACGGGGCGUCUCGCGCGCCACUCCCCCCACCCCGGGAGGUGAUGGCAAAACGCUUCCAGAUUGCGGAAUACCCUUCGGAUCCGUUCCCAGAGGAGGCGGGCGACCGAGGCAGGCAGCCUGGAGAUUCUGAUUCGGACGUGUUCAGGGAUGGGGUCUCCCAGCCUCGCAAGCUGUCUCUGCCCGAGGUAGAGGCCACGUCGUUCCGGUCGCGGACCCGAUCGGAGCCGGCGAACUUCACGUGCGCCCUGCAGUACGGGCGGGAGCUGCGGAGAAUGAGUGACGAGUUCGUCUCCACCUUCGCCGAGAGGAAGAGGCUGCGGCUCUCGAGGAGCGCCGGGGCGAUUGUCAGCCAAGUCUACCAGAGAGUGACGACGUACUUCCCCCAAAGCAGGAAGGCCGGCGGCGGUUCUUGACGGAGUACUCCGACUGCACCAGUAAGCGUCCCGCGCCCCGGUUCCCGUUCGACUUCUGGGCUCAGCCUCUGAUCUCCCCUCCCCACCACCCCGCGGUAAGGGGGCGGGAUCCAUGUCUGAGGGACAGAACACUCGACGCAAGUCCUUCGGCCUCCCGUUUCCAAGCCGGAUGGACAGAACUGGAUCUGCAAAACCCGCACCACCAGGAUCUCUCCCGCGGCCUCACCAGCCCAUUUCGAGGGGCGGUACUAACUUGGCAACAAGGUGGUCAGCAGUCGCUCGUGCAGCGAGGCUUGGGAAAGUUCUCUAAAGGACGAUAACUUAGAAUCUUUCCCCUUGAAUCUAUUUUAGUCUUCGGUAAUGCAUUUUUUAAUAAGACAUAAAAUACAGGAACAGAAUUAGGCCAUUUGGCCCAUUGAGUCUGCCCUCCUCAGCCCCACUCCCCAUAAGUGUCCCAUCAAGAAUCUCUAUCGCACACCGCAGAUGUACAGGAUACAGAGAUAGGAACUGUGCACGGUAACUCCCGGUGUGGGAUACGGAGAGGGGAACUGUGCACGGUAACUCACGGUGUGGGACACGGAGAGGGGAACUGUGCACGGUAACUCCCGGUGUGGGACACGGAGAGGGGAACUGUGCACGGUAACUCCCGGUGUGGGACACGGAGAGGGGAACUGUGCACGGUAACUCCCGGUGUGGGAUACGGAGAGGGGAACUGUGCACGGUAACUCCCGGUGUGGGAUACAGAGAGGGGAACUGUGCACGGUAACUCCCGGUGUGGGACACGGAGAGGGGAACUGUGCACGGUAACUCCCGGUGUGGGACACGGAGAGGGGAACUGUGCACGGUAACUCCCGGUGUGGGACACGGAGAGGGGAACUGUGCACGGUAACUCCCGGUGUGGGACACGGAGAGGGGAACUGUGCACGGUAACUCCCGGUGUGGGACACGGAGAGGGGAACUGUGCACGGUAACUCCCGGUGUGGGACACGGAGAGGGGAACUGUGCACGGUAACUCCCGGUGUGGGACACGGAGAGGGGAACUGUGCACGGUAACUCCCGGUGUGGGACACGGAGAGGGGAACUGUGCACGGUAACUCCCGGUGUGGGACACGGAGAGGGGAACUGUGCACGGUAACUCCCGGUGUGGGACACGGAGAGGGGAACUGUGCACGGUAACUCCCGGUGUGGGACACGGCGAGGGGAACUGUGCACGGUAACUCCAGGUGUGGGACACGGAGAGGGGAACUGUGCCCGGUAACUCCCGGUGUGGGACACGGAGAGGGGAACUGUGCACGGUAACUCCCGGUGUGGGACACGGAGAGGGGAACUGUGCACGGUAACUCCCGGUGUGGGACACGGAGAGGGGAACUGUGCACGGUAACUCCCGGUGUGGGACACGGAGAGGGGAACUGUGCACGGUAACUCCCGGUGUGGGACACGGAGAGGGGAACUGUGCACGGUAACUCCCGGUGUGGGACACGGAGAGGGGAACUGUGCACGGUAACUCCCGGUGUGGGACACGGAGAGGGGAACUGUGCACGGUAACUCCCGGUGUGGGACACGGAGAGGGGAACUGUGCACGGUAACUCCCGGUGUGGGACACGGAGAGGGGAACUGUGCACGGUAACUCCCGGUGUGGGACCCGGAGAGGGGAACUGUGCACGGUAACUCCCGGUGUGGGACACGGAGAGGGGAACUGUGCACGGUAACUCCCGGUGUGGGACACGGAGAGGGGAACUGUGCACGGUAACUCCCGGUGUGGGACCCGGAGAGGGGAACUGUGCACGGUAACUCCCGGUGUGGAACACAGAGACCGGAGCUGUGCAUAACCGGAGACAUAUUUUAGUAAUAUUUUUAAAAAUACACCUUGUUUUUCUCUGCAUGAAAUUGCAUGCCGAUUUUUACUGUGCACCAUUUUUAAUUCCACGGGUGGGUUUGGUGAACCUUUAAUACUUGGGUAAACAUUUUGGUUUGGUAAACCUUAUAGAGCUGACUUCCAGCUAUAAAGUCUUCCCCAGGCUCACAGUGGGGCAGUGGACACCGCAAUCAGUCUAAGCAGACGCUGCCUUUUGGGGGGGAGGGGGGGUUGGUAUUAGGGUAGAGUGCUGACACUUGUGGGCUGCCCCUCCCCUCCACCGGCACGCCCUCAGACUGUUAAUUGUCUUUCUGGACACUUCACUGUACGUGCUGAUGUAUGCUCGACAAAUAAAUUUGAAUCUCGGGCGCGUUGGAUUUAGCAGGGUUCCUGAUCUUCCUUUCUGUGCCAUCAAACCCCUGCUGUUAACUGAGGGGCUGGUGCACCCCAGGUCAACAGGGACACUUGACGCUUCACAGUUCCAAUCGAGCCUCAGCACGGCUCCUGCACACCAACUGCUCGGCUAGUGACAUAUAAAGCCACUCAACGUCAGGGGACACAAUAUUGACUUGCUGUGAGGUCAACACAGCAUUUUCUGUGUGUUGCUCAAAAUUUCCAGCAUCUGCAGACACUGCGUUCACAGAUCGAGCCUCAAACUCCACGAAAAACAUGGACUCAAUAUCCAGUUUCAUGAAAUGUUUGUGUGAUAGAGUGGUGUAUUCUCUCUCCCAAACCAAGGAUAUAAAAAAAAAUGAUGGCUUGCGAUUAAGCAAUUGUACUGUUUAAAAGUCAAUAAAUCUUUGUUUAAUCUACACACUCACUGUGCAGUGAAGUCCA